CAAAGCUCAGACGACUGAGACAGAAACGAGAGACAUUAUUGCGAUUAAACUAUUUGUUCUCCUAGACUCGGUUAAUUUUUCAUCUGAACUUAGCCAUGUCUUUGAUUGUGAAGGAGAAAACUACAGUGCGCUUGGUGUUCCUCGGUGCAGCAGGGGUGGGCAAGACGGCUCUUAUCCAGCGCUUUCUCCAAGAUCGUUUUGAGCAGAAGUACAAGCGCACAGUCGAGGAGCUGCACAGCAUCGAGUAUGAUGUCGAUGGGGUCAAAAUCCGAAUCGAAAUCAUGGACACGAGUGGAAGUUACUCUUUUCCGGCCAUGAGGAAACUUUGCAUACGGAACGGUGAUGCCUUCGCACUGGUUUACUCCGUAGAUGACCGGGAGUCGUUUGAUGAAGUGCAGAGGCUCCGAGAUGAGAUCCUAGAACUAAAAGAUGAGAAGCAUAUUCCAUUAACGGUGGUGGGCAAUAAAGUGGACCUUGAAAACCAGCGUUUGGUGCGCACUGAGGACAUCAUGCCCAUAGUGGAAUUCGACUGGAAUGCCAGCUUUGUGGAGGCGUCCGCUAAGACCAGUGAGAACGUUUUGGGCGUCUUCAAGGAGAUUUUGCGCCAGGUGAACCUGCCAAGUCGGAUAAGUCCCGCAUUACGAAGACGCAGGGAGACCAUUCCAGAGGACAACAUCGGAGUGCGCAAAAAACCCCCGAUGAAAAAGCAAAACAGCUGCAUACUGUCGUAGUCGUCCUGCAGAUGCAGAGUAUGCAUUUCUGCGACCCUCUGCGUCCACAUAGCGCUUCCAGGUCUCACAGACUGAGAUCGGAACAGCUGGACGAGAAAGAAAAGUCAAUGCGGUCAGGAAAAUGAGAUGAACAGCGAUCUUCCCAGUUGUUCAACGAGGAUGCAUACUGUACGCUGUGCUGGGAGCUCUGCUUUAAAUUCCGACUGAAAAAUGCCAAACUCUGUAAAUCAGAGCUGUCUUUUUUCACAAGGUAGAUUAUAAAGUAUUAUUGAAUAUAUUUAUGAAUUAUUCUGUGAGAAGUGUACAAUCAAAACAGGUGCACAAUAAUUGUAAAUAUAACGUGUGGUUUUCAUUUCAUUAAACA